AUGGCCUACAGCUGCUGCUCUGGAAACUUCUCCUCCCGCUCCUUUAGGCGCUGCCUGCCCUCUUCAGGUUCCUCUUGCAGCUCUUCCUACCCCAGCAACCUGGUCUACACCACUACCAGUUGCUCUCCCAGCCCCUGCCAGGUGGAAUCCUCUCUGAACACCGGCUGUCAGGAGACCUGCAUUGAGCCCACCAACUGCCAGAGGUCCUACGUGGUGUCCAGACCCUGCCAGGUGGAUUCCUCUGCGAACACUGGCUGUCAGGAGACCUGCAUUGAGCCCACCAGCUGCCAGAGGUCCUGUGUGGUGUCCAGGCCCUGCCAGACAGCCUGCUACUACCCGAGGAGCUCCACACCUUGCAGUCCCUGCCAGGGAACAUAUGCUGGAUCUCUGAGCUUCUAUUCAGGGGGCUGUGGAUCCAGGGGCUUCAGAUCUCUGAAUUGUGGAGUCUCUGAAUUCCCUUCCCUGAGUUAUGGGUCCAGAUUCUGCUACCCAUUGUACUUGCCUUCUGCUGCAUUUCAACCUUACUGUUAUACCUCAGCCUGUGGAUCUGGUUCUUUUGGAUGCAACUGUUAA